GCGCAGCCGGCCUCGGAGCUCUCCUGGGUGGCGGCGUCGGGGCAGCGGGAGCCUUCGCUGGACCCGCAUUGCCCCCUAGUGCCGCGCGGAGUCAGGGCGCCGGGCUCCCCCGCCUGAUGUCACCGCCGUGCAGUCAGCCCAGAGGCGGCUCAUUGAAAGCAGACCCUCCUCGGCGCUGGCUGGGCGGAGGCGCCGCUGUCCGCAGACCCGCCGCGGACCGGGCAGAGCCGGGCGCCCCCUGCCCCGCCACCCUCUCCUCCCCGCCGCUCCCCGCGAGCCCGGCCUGGCGCGCCUGACGUGGACCAUUAAACUUGGAGCUGCCGCCUCGUCCCUUCUCUCCUCCUCCUCCUCCCUCUGACAGGCGAGCGAGCGGCUCGGUGCAGGCAGGAGACGUGCUGCCGGGCUGGGCUGCCCGGGGGAGAUGACUUCUCGCCAGGAGGGCACCUCUGGGAAGAAGACCACGGGGGAAGCAAAGUUUCAGGGCAGCUAGCUGAAGAGCCUUCCCCGCAGCCUUCUGAGCCCUGUCACCCCGCUGGCUAUGGAGGGCGGACUCUAAAAUGAAUCCCGAUCUGGACACCGGCCACAACACAUCAGCACCUGCCCACUGGGGAGAGUUGAAAAAUGCCAACUUCACUGGCCCCAACCAGACCUCGACCAACUCUACACUGCCUCAGCUGGACAUCACCAGGGCCAUCUCCGUGGGCCUGGUGCUGGGCGCCUUCAUCCUCUUUGCCAUCGUGGGCAACAUCCUAGUCAUCUUGUCUGUGGCCUGCAACCGUCACCUGCGGACGCCCACCAACUACUUCAUCGUCAACCUGGCCAUUGCCGACCUGCUGCUAAGCUUCACCGUUCUGCCCUUCUCUGCUGCCCUGGAGGUGCUUGGCUACUGGGUGCUGGGCCGGAUCUUCUGUGACAUCUGGGCCGCCGUGGACGUCCUGUGCUGCACAGCCUCCAUUCUGAGCCUGUGCGCCAUCUCCAUCGACCGCUACAUUGGGGUGCGCUACUCUCUGCAGUACCCAUCUCUGGUCACCAGGAGGAAGGCCAUCUUGGCGCUCCUUGGCGUCUGGGUCUUGUCCACAGUCAUCUCCAUUGGGCCUCUUCUUGGGUGGAAGGAGCCGGCACCCAAUGAUGACAGGGAAUGUGGGGUCACUGAAGAACCCUUCUACGCCCUCUUCUCCUCCCUGGGCUCCUUCUACAUCCCUCUGGCGGUCAUUCUGGUCAUGUACUGCCGCGUAUACAUCGUUGCCAAGAGGACCACCAAGAACCUGGAGGCUGGAGUCAUGAAGGAGAUGUCCAACUCCAAGGAGCUGACCUUGAGGAUCCACUCCAAGAACUUUCACGAGGAUACCCUCAGCAGUACCAAGGCCAAGGGCCAUAACCCCAGGAGUUCCAUAGCUGUCAAACUUUUUAAGUUCUCCCGGGAAAAGAAAGCAGCCAAGACCUUGGGCAUUGUGGUCGGCAUGUUCAUCUUGUGUUGGUUACCCUUCUUCAUCGCUCUACCACUUGGCUCCCUGUUCUCCACCCUGAAGGCCCCUGACGCCGUGUUCAAGGUGGUCUUCUGGCUGGGCUACUUCAACAGCUGCCUCAACCCCAUCAUCUACCCGUGCUCCAGCAAGGAGUUCAAGCGCGCCUUCGUGCGCAUCCUCGGGUGCCAGUGCCGCGGCCGCCGCCGCCGCCGCCGUCGGCGGCGCCUGGGCGGCUGCGGCUACACCUACCGGCCGUGGACGCGCGGCGGCUCGCUGGAGCGCUCGCAGUCGCGCAAGGACUCGCUGGACGACAGCGGCAGCUGCCUGAGCGGCAGCCAGCGGACCCUGCCCUCGGCCUCGCCGAGCCCCGGCUACCUGGGCCGCGGCGCGCCGCCGCCCGUCGAGCUGUGCGCCUUCCCGGAGUGGAAGGCGCCCGGCGCCCUCCUGAGCCUGCCCGCGCCCGAGCCCCCGGGCCGCCGCGGCCGCCGCGACUCGGGUCCGCUCUUCACCUUCAAGCUCCUUGCCGAGCCCGAGAGCCCCGGGACUGACGGGGACGCCGGCCACGAGGCCGCAGCCGACGUGGCCAACGGGCAGCCCGGCUUCAAAAGCAACAUGCCCCUGGCGCCCGGGCAGUUUUAGGGUCCCCGCGCACCGCUUCCUUUCCCUGGGGAGCCCAUCAUCGUGGGGGGAGGGCGGGCGGCAGGGGAAGGGGAGUGUCGGCGCCCGGUAGACUCGGGGCCCCACCGGGAAACGGGGGGAGGGGGGCGGGAAGAGGGGCAGCUGCUUUUCUGGCAGGGGCAUGGGUGCCAGGUACAGCGCGGAGAGCUGGGCCGAGCAUGCUGAGAGCCUGGGGGACCCGACGCCGGCCGGGAUUUCCGUCUCUCUCUGUAUAUAUCUAAACGAGUCCCUCUGUACAUGUAUUUAACUGUGGGGUCACGUGCGUGUGUCUGUACGAUGUGCGUGUAUUGCGUGUGUGCGUGUGUGGGGCCGCCCGCGAGGGGCGCAGAGCGAGUGUGCGUGCGCCCAGGAGGCGCUGGGGCGCUGUCUGUCUCCUGAUUUCUUACCUCUCAAGCCCCUCCUGUACUUCCCUGAAGGGUGUCACUUUGGCGGGGUUGGAAACAAAAGUUGGACAUUAAAGGUCAUUUCUCCUG